CUAAGGACGGUUUAAUAGUUUAUUUUUUGUUUGACUCCAUUGUUGACUCUCUCCAAAUAUAUAUAUCUCUGUUUCCCACUCUCUGUAGUGUUUUCCAUUUUUCCUUCUUAGAUUGAUUUUCUUUUUCUGUUGUCUUGUUAAUGUGAGAGUAAUUAACUAGUGCAAUUGCUUGUCUUUCACUGCCUCAACCAAAUAUCUCUCAAUCUUCGUCUCUUUCAUUUAGUUCUAUUUUCCCUUCAUUUUCCAGUUCUUUCCUGCUCUUUAUUUGGUAUCUUUGCACUGCUUUGAGUGGUGCACUCCUGGUUCUUCCUUUGUACGCUUUCUGGGUAUUUUUUGGAUGCUUACUUUAUUCUGGAAACCUUUAUCUUUUUUCAGGGUUUUGACGGAAAAUUGAAGAAAUGGCGGAGGGAAACGGUGGUGGAACACAAGUGGUGAUUACUGUUGCCGGUGAAGGGCCAAAAGGGUCUUCUCCAAAAGAAGCAGAGGCAUUGAACCCUAAGCAAAAUUCUCAAGGUGCACCCAACAAAGCUUCGACUGAAUCUGGUGCUGUUACUGCAAGUAAGCCACCAAAAGCCCCAGUUGCAGGUAAUGAACCUCUUCUUAGACGAAGGUCAUUUGUUAAACCCAAGUCAAGAUUUGGAGAACAAUCUUAUACCCCUGAAUCUGAUGAAAUGGAAGAAACUAAUUUAGCUAAUCAAGAACAAGUUGGUUGUAAUUCACCCAUCAAUAAGGCCUCCCCUAAUAACAAGUCGGCUAGAAGUAUUAGGACGGACUCUGCUGUGUCGAAAACGUUAUCGCCGGCUUCUAAAGGCUCCCCUGGGGAAAAUGAAAAUGAGGAGAUAAUUAAGAAAGUUAAACAGCAUAAAGAGCAGCAUAAGGGAGUGAAAGCUAAGGUUGUGAUUGAGUGGGUUGUAUUUUUGUUUCUCAUAGGGUGCUUAAUAGCUAGUUUAACAGUAGGUAAAGAAAAGAAUAUCCUUUUAUGGGGUUUGGAAAUUUGGAAAUGGUGUGUACUUGUGGUGGUUAUAUUCUGCGGUAUGUUGGUUACUCGUUGGUUUAUGCAUCUAGUUGUCUUCUUGAUCGAGAUUAACUUUUUGCUUCGGAAGAAAGUGCUAUACUUCGUUCACGGUUUAAAGAAGAUUGUUCAGGUCUUCAUUUGGCUGAGUAUAGUACUUCUUACUUGGGUUCUUCUGUUUCUUGAUGUUGAGAGAUCGAAGACUGCCUCAAAGAUUCUAGAUUAUGUGACGUGGACUCUAGUGAGCAUCCUCAUUGGAGCAUUUUUGUGGUUGUUGAAGACUUUGAUGUUAAAGAUACUGGCUUCGAAUUUCCAUAUGAACAAGUUCUUUGACAGAAUACAAGAAUCAGUCUUCCAUCACUACAUACUUAGGACCCUUUCGGGACCACCAUUUAUGGAGAUUGAUGGGAUUCAAAAACCGCCAGCUCAUUUGAUUGUUAGCAAUGCAAAAAAGGGUAAAGAACCAAAAACAAAAAGGUUGAUUGACAUGGGAAAAGUCCAUAGAUUGAAGCGAGAAAAAGUUUCAGCUUGGCAUAUGAAGGUGUUGGUAGAUGCCAUCACGAAUUCAGGGCUUUCAACAGUCUCCGAAACAUUAGAGGAAAGUGCGUACGAUGAAGGUGGCAAAGAAGCAGAACAGGAAAUUACUAACGAGGAGGAGGCACAAUAUGUUGCUCAUCAAAUUUUUGCACACGUUGCACAACAUGAUAGUAAUCAAAAUCGCAAUUGCAUUGACGAGGAUGACCUCUUAAGGUUCAUGAUUAAGGAAGAGGUGGAUCUUGUGUUUCCUUUGUUCGAAGGAUCGAGCACUGGAAAAAUUGAUAGAAAAAGUUUCACAAACUGGGUGGUAAAGGUUUACACGGAUCGGAAAACACUAGUACAUGCUUUGAGUGACACCAAAACAGCCGUAAAGCAGUUGAAUACACUCGUGACAGUGGUCCUAAUUAUUGUUACUGUCAUCAUAUGGCUUCUUUUGCUGGAAAUUGCAACCACGAAACUGCUUUUGCUCCUUUCAUCGCAGCUUGUAGUAGCUGCUUUUAUGUUCGGAAACACCUGCAAGACUAUCUUUGAAGCUAUAGUAUUCGUGUUUGUGACGCAUCCUUUUGAUGUCGGCGAUCGUUGUGUGGUUGAUGGUGUUCAGUUGCUGGUCGAGGAGAUGAAUAUUUUAACGACUGUCUUUCUGAAACUUGAUAAUGAAAAGGUGUACUACCCGAAUUCAGUUUUGGCUACAAAGCCCAUCAGCAACUAUUAUAGAAGCCCGGAUAUGGGUGAUACAAUAGAGUUCUCGAUUGAUUUUUUGACCCCAGCAAAGACAAUAGGCAGGCUGAAAGAAGAGAUAAAGAAGCAUUUGGAAGCUAAUACCCUGUGGCGUCCUAAUCACCUUGUGGUGGUGAAGGAAAUCGAGAAUGUGAAUAAGUUAAAGAUGGCUCUCUUUUGUAAUCACACGAUGAACUUCCAGGACUUUAGAGAGAAGAACAGGCGUAGAACCGAACUGGUUCUUGAGCUGAAGAGAAUUUUUGAGGAGCUGGGUAUACGAUACAAUCUUCUUCCUCAGCAUGUGAAUCUCAACCAGGUCAAUCAAGACAGGCCGGAUGCAACCUAUGCGACCACUUGGUCAUGAUCGCAUAUUAUAGUUUACGUCGAAAUGGAACUUUUGUUAGAGGUCGAGGAAGGCAUUGCAUUGAUGAAAUGGAACUUUCUUCGAAAUUUACUUCUAAAUUCUAAUGGCAUCUUUGUUUCAACUUUCAACCAGGGAUGAAAUGGGCUGACAGUGUUGCCCGGAGCUUAGGACAGGAGUGGUAAGUAAUGAAGCCCGUUCAGCUGUUGUAAUCUAACUUGAACCAAGUGUAUUUUCAGAUUUAAGAUUACUAUUAUCGAAGUCUUUUAAGACC